AUGGAUGCAUUUCUCUCUAAACCAACAUCACAUGGUCAUGCUCCACAAUCUGAUCGUGUUCCGGCUAUCCAAUUAAAGAACGAAAUUAAAGCUCGUGCUGCGACAACAGAUGAACCAUCCAGUUCAAUUCUUCAUUCGGCCUUACGAACAUAUCCUCUAAGUGCCGCUGGUCAACUUCCAAGAAGUGACGCACUUACGCUCACAAUUCGACGACAACGUACUACUGAAACAGUCGAUGCCAAUGGUCAUUUACCAGAAAAAUUAAGAAAGACAUAUCGUGAUGAAGAUUUCAUCUUGCACGAAGACGAGCAUUUAAUUAUCUUUACAACGAAAAAUAAUUUAUCUAUUCUGAAGCAAAACAAACAUUGGUUCGCUGAUGGAACAUUUAAAGUAUGUCCGGAUAAUUAUUAUCAACUUUUUACAUUACAUGCAAUGAUGACGAAUGCAAUUAUUCCUCUCGUCUAUGGAUUGUUAAUUGGUAAAAGCAGCGAUGAUUACAAUCAAUUCUUCGAAAAAUUAUUUGAACAAGACAAUUUUCAAUCUGAAUCAAUUAUGACUGAUUUCGAAACUGGUACAAUCAAAUCAGUCAAAGAGAUGUUACCAAAUGUUUUACACAAAGAUGAAGUUACAACUGCGUUUGACUUAAUUGCCGAUCAAUUCGACGAUGACACCGACGAUUUACUCGAUUAUUUCGAAAAAACUUGGAUUGGUGAACCAAAACGAAGAGUCAUUAUAAUGUCACAUAAAUUUGUUCCAUAUCAUUUACGUGAUAUUAAAAAUCCUCCAGCUCAUCUCGAUGACCAUCAAAAAUCGAAUUGGAUAUGUACUGCAACAAAGACCAAGAAAAAUUAUCAAUAUCAACAACAAUGUCCAGCAUUUAAUAUACCAACAUCAUUUUAUGAAAUUAUAUAUGCAAAUAAAUAUACAACAAUUGAAACAAUGCAAAAAUUAAUUUAUCAUGUAUGA